AAUUAUUUCUUUUUUUUUUACUUUUUCAAAUUCAUUUCUUGUGAUUUUUUUUUUAAUUAAUUAAAAAUGAAAUUUAUUGCAAUUGUAUUUGUAAUGGUAUUUGCUGUUGUUGCAUUUGCCGCACCAUUGGAUAAUUCACAAAAUGCACAAAUUUUAAGGAAUGAUUUUGAUAAUAUCGGCGUUGAUGGUUACAAAUUUGCUUAUGAAACAAGUGAUGGUAUCUCACGUCAAGAACAAGCUCAAGUAAAAAAUAUUGGUACUGAAAAUGAAGCAAUCUCAGUAAGUGGUACAGUAUCAUGGGUUGCUGAUGAUGGACAAACAUACACAUUAACAUAUGUUGCUGAUGAAAAUGGUUUCCAACCAACUGGAGCUCAUUUACCAGUUGCUUAAAGUGAUAUCAACUAGGAUAAAUAAAUUUUUUUUUUUACAUUUUUUGUCAUUUUUUGGAAUGUUUCACGUUUCAUCU